AAAAGCCAGUGAAAAUGAAGCACUGAAGUGGGUUUCGGGAGGCCAAAAGGGAGCAAGAAUUUGAGGAAGAGGAGGGUUAUCAGGGAAAGAGGCGUGGAUAUGGAGGGUAAGAAUGGUUGCAGAAGGAAAGGUGGGGAUUUCAUGGUGGGUUAUAGCAAUUACAGUGGAAGUUUCAGCGGGGAGAGUAAAGGUGGUAACGGCGCCGGCGUGGUUGUGAUCAUAAGGCCAAAAGGCGGCAAGAGGUCACUGUGUAUGGAUUUGGAGGAAGUGAAAGCUUGUAGGGACCUGGGUUUCGAAUUAGAACAUGAACUCAUGUUGGAGAUGCCCAGUGCCACUGCAGGCCUUGUUUCAUUCUCCUGUUCCACUUUCGACACCGCCAGUAGCGGCGGAGAUUCUCCCAUUGCCAACUGGCGUAUCUCUAGCCCUGGUGAUGAUCCAAUGGAUGUUAAGGCUCGGCUGAAGGUGUGGGCACAAGCAGUGGCGCUUGCAUCCUCAUCAGGCAUUGCAGUUGACAUUCGAGCUACUCUCAACUAUCAUCAGCUACUAUUUUUGUUUCCCUGUUUUAGCUUUUUCUUUAAAAAAAUGAAGUUUUUCCAAAAGAGAUGGUUUGUUGUUGUUGUUUGUGGGAUAUGGCAGUGGAUGUUUAUAUGGGUAUGGCAUGGCACUGAAGGCCAUGUUGCCUUCAUUAGACAAAGGCAUAUCUGGUUUAUGGUUCAUGAGAACCAGUCCUCCCUCACUACCUGCAAAAGAAGUACGCUCAGCUCAGUUCAGCACCAAUCUGAAAUGUCAAAAAGACAGCAAUCUAGUCGAAAUUACCAGUGUAUGAACCAGGAUCUUCCUUCUCCUCCGAGACACGAAUGGAGAUGUCAACAAAUCCUUGAGGUUUGUGGAAUUUGGUUUGCGUAA